AUGUUUCCAAACCUUCACCCUUUCUCUCAGCUCACCGCUGCAGAGAUCAAGCUAUCCAGUCAGAUUAUCAGACAGCUACAUCCAGCCAACACCGUCAUUAUUUUCAAGACAAUUACACUGCAAGAACCAGACAAGGAAGUUGCGCUUGAGUACUUGCAAGCGGAGAGCGAACAUAGGCCUGACCGACCGGUUAUCGACCGUCGCAGCUUCGUGGCUUACUACAGGAAAGACCAUGACUACCUUCAUGAGUCAGUUAUAAAUCUUGCCACCGGUCAAGUAGUCUACAAUGAGGAACUCGACAAAGUAUUUCACGGGCCAGCAGACCUGGACGAAGUCGGCGAGAUUGAAGCAUUGGUGCACACUGAUCUCUUGGUCCUAGCCGAGCUCCAAAAGUACAAUUUGGACAAAUCAUUGCUUGUCUGUGAGCCUUGGGUUUACGGCAGCGACGGCAUCAACGACGAAAGGAGACAGUACCAAUGUCUUCUAUUCAUGCGCCACCCGGACCAUGCAUCUGACCCAGAAUCUAACCAUUAUGCGUUGCCAUUACCCUUCUCACCAGUUGUCGAUGUCAUUCAUCGACGUGUCACUCGCAUUGACUACCUGCCCACCGGCGCAGAUAACAUGACGCCUGAUACUAAGGGAUACAAAGUCCCACCGCCCAACGAGUAUGCGCCCAAGUACCAAAAUAUGCGCACUGAUCUGAAGCCUCUGAAUGUGAUACAGCCAGAAGGUGCCAGCUUCACUAUUACAGAGGACUUUGAAUGCAGCCAGGUGGUCUCUUGGCAAAAAUGGCGGCUGCGGCUGGGCUUCAAUGCUCGAGAGGGCAUGGUUCUAUACGAUGUUCGAUACGAUGGCCGACCUCUGUUUUACCGCGUGUCCUUGUCCGAUAUGAACAUUCCAUACGCUGAUCCGCGACAUCCUUUCCAUAAGAAAGCUGCGUUUGACCUUGGAGAUGCUGGAGCUGGCUAUACCGCUAACAACCUGAAACUUGGCUGUGAUUGUCUCGGCUCCAUCUUUUAUGUGUCAAGUAUUCUUAGCAGUCCAUCCGGAGGCAUUGUGGAGAAGCCAAAUUGCGUUUGCAUUCAUGAACAGGACUCAGGAAUCGGAUGGAAACAUACAAACUAUCGAACCGAUACAGCCGUGGUAACUCGCGCACGGGAACUCGUUCUUCAGUCCAUUCUCACGGUAGCAAACUAUGAGUACAUUCUGGCAUUUAUUUUCACACAAGCCGGCGACAUUUCCUACGAGGUCCGGGCAACAGGUAUCCUCUCAACACAGCCGAUAGACAAGGGUGUAGAUGUGAACUGGGGCACCAUUGUGCACCCUGGCGUACUCGCCGCCCAACACCAGCACAUAUUCUCGCUCCGUCUAGACCCAAUGUUGGAUGGCCCUCGCAACUCUUUGACCUACGAGGAAGCUCAUGCCAUGGACCCAUGUAGUCCGCUGAACCCACACGGCACGGGAUACUACACCCGGGAGACGACUGUUCAGACCUCUGGCGGGUACGACCUCGACGAGCAAAAGAACCGCGUCUUCAAGAUCAAAAACACCUCGUCGCUUAAUCAGGUGAACAACAAGGCGGCUGGCUAUAAGAUCAUGGUUCACGACUUUCAAAAAAUGCUCGCAAGCAAGGAAUCAUACCAUCAUAGGCGCGCCGAGUUUGCAGACCACAAUAUUUACGUGACCAAGUACAGGCCAAACGAGCUCUAUGCCGCGGGCCAAUACACGAAUCAGUCACGGGGUGGCGCAGGUGUUCGAACUUGGGCUGGUAGACAGGACGCUGUGGUGGAUGAGGAUAUUGUCGUCUGGGUUCAAUUCGGCAUCAAUCACGUCCCCCGUAUCGAGGACUUCCCCGUCAUGCCCGUCGAAAUUCUCAAAGUCCACCUGCGACCUGUCAAUUUUUUCACCAAGAACCCUGCGUUGGACGUGCCACCCUCGACCCAAGCCUUCAAUAAGAGUUGCCAGAUCAGGGCGGCUGCUACAUGUACGAAUGGGACGGCGGCGGCGUAG